UAUCAAAAUUUAUAUUCGGUGUGGAAGAGGCGGGAGGAAGAGGAGUAGCUCGGCUAAAUGUAUUUUAAAUGUGCUUUAGACGUUUAAAAUAGCCUUUAGUCACCCAAACAUUUACUUUACGACGGCCGCUGUGGCUGCCGAGAUACGACGAAGAGUUGUCUCGGCUGGUUUAUUUUACAAAAGAGCGUAAACUAGCCGGCGGACAAAGAUGAGCCUGGUCCUUUCUCAACAACAGGCUGAGGUGCUCCCAGCUCUGGCCCAACCUGCAACUGAGAGUGAUUCAGACAGUGGGAUGGGUUCUCCAGCAGAGGAGAUGGUCAUGGAGACCGCUAACAAUAAAGAAGAGCUUCCAGAUUCUGAUGAUGACGAAGACAUCACAGUUCACAGAAAGCCUCAUCGUAAUGCCAUCAGAGACAGCGACAGUGAGGAAGAGGAGGCAGUGGCUGCGGAGAAUAGUCACAUGGCCGAAGCACUGGUCUUAUCUGCUUCCAGCGGAGAGGAGAUGGAGACUGGAGAGACACAAGAGAAGGGUGAGAGGAAAGAGAGAGGGGCGCAGAAGAGCAAGAGGAUAAGCCGUGCUCCAGUUGACAGCGAAGACAGCGAGCCUGAGCAAGACAAAUGUGGAGAAAUGGAGGAGCAACAUGAAGAGGUGAGGAGGGAAGUGAAAUCGACAAAGGAACGGACGAAGAGAGAGAAGAGCCAGAGGCAUCGGGAGAAAAAGGAGAAGCGUAGCAAAGCGGUAAAACAACUGAAGAAGAAAGAGAGGUUCUCUGAAAAGGAUGAGAACACGCCUCUCCCUCGGGCUCUGAAUGACAGUGGAUGUCUGCUAGGCGACACAGACCUUUUUGACACCGGUCUGGACGAUGAGGAAGAAGAAGAGUCUUUGGAGGCCAUACGAGCUGCUGUCAAGCAAAAGAUGAAAAAACAUAAGGAUCCUCUCCUGAAUGAGGAAGAGGAGGAAGAUGAAGAGGCACCAGAGAAACCCCAACGUGCGGAGAGGAAAGCUGCGCGCGCCAGCAAAGAGGCAAUAAAGCAGCUCCACAGUGAAUCUCAGAGGCUGAUUAGAGAGUCUACGCUUGGCCUGCCCUACCACAUCCCUGAGCCAAAGACCAUCGACCAGUUCUUUAAGAAGAGAGCCAGGCCAGAGGGUCCUGCCAUGGCGUUGUUGAAAUCUGCUAAGUAUUCAGCCGUGAUGUUGGAGACGCCGUCAGCUCCUCCUCCUCCGCCGUCGCCACCUACCACCAACCCACAGAGUGAGCCUCUGCAGCUCUCCACAGAGCAGGACUUGUCGCAUUCUCUAGAUCUGUCGUCCUAUCAGAUCCAGCCCAUCAAUCAUCCUGCUUCCACCUCGUCCCCACAGCAGGAGGGCCUCAGCCAGGCCAGAGAAGGAAUCGAAAGCCUAGAUCCCGACCAGGAAUCUGGACCGAUGCUUUACCUCUCUGAGAGUCUGCAGGAGUCGCUCACAACAGAUGGAGUAGUGAGACCCGCUUCUGACUGUGGAGAAGAAACCUCUCCUGCACCUUUAGAACAAAGUCAGACAGCAGUAACGUCUGACCUGCUAAAAGAGCCUGCAUCUGGGUCUUUGGUAGAGCCUUUAGGCGCUCAGUGUGGGAGAGCUGAUCCAGCUGCAGCAAAACCUUCAGCACAGCAACCCACCAAAUCUAAGAAGGACAAAUUGGCCAGGCUGAAGGAGCUUGGACUGGACCCCCCGCCUGUCGCUAAAUUGUGUCCAGAUGAUGGAGCCUUUGUUCAGCUUGAGCCUCCACAGCUCAACCGCGGUGUGGAGGCCCUGAAAGAGCGUUACCUUCGUCAUGUCCAGGCUCCCACACGCCCUCAAGGAGAGCGUACGAUGCAGCUCAACAUCAUCCGCAAAGACAGCGCCCCGUCUGGCCAGGAAGAGCUGCACUCUGAGUCAGUCACUGUCACUGUUAAAGAGGGAGCAGAGGAGCCUGUGCCAACCAAACCAGGAGAGAAGCUGCUGACUUUGAAGCAGCGCCUGCAGCUCGCCAUGGCAAAACGGAGACAAGAGGAGAGGGUGCGCAAAGCCGAGCUGAAUCGCCUAGACAAUGAAGACUGUGGGGAGGAGGAAGAGGAGGAGGAGGAGGAAGACAUGACAGAUGAGUCUGAGGAAGAAGAGGGUGUAGAUGACUUACUGGGAGGUGAUGAUGGUGAGCAAGAGGAGGAGGAGGAGGAGGAAGGCAGUGUGGCCCAGAGUAUCAGGAGCCCUUCUGGUGUGGCACUGAACAGACCCUCGCCAACUCCUGAGCUAGUUAACACCGAUGACACACUCAUGCUGUUCCCCGGCAAUUCCUGCUCUCGCACUGGUGAUGGCGGAAGAAGGUCUGGUCUUUCUGGGCAGGACAGUGGCAAUAAGAUGGAAGAGGAUGACUCUCUUUCCUUGGUAAAAGACAACAGCCACAACAGCAGCUUUGAGCUUGCAGCAUCUAUGAUAACCUCCUACCAGCCUGUCAAUCAUCAGCGCUCCACAGGAAGAAGCGUCUCCAACUCCUCCAUUUUCCGGUCCCCUUCUCCCUGCCUCUUCAGACCAAGCUUCCUCGGCUCUGCCUCUAAGAGUUCUGGCAAACUCUCUGAGCCCUCCCUCUGCCUUCCUGUUGAGGACUCCCAAGACUUGUAUGCACCUCCAUCUCCAGGAGCAGAUUCGGGGCCCCUGGGUGAAGCAGCUUCUGGCCCUGGUCUGGGAGGAGACUCCCAAGGUCGCUUCUCCCUGGAGGACGACACCCAUUCCCAGUUACUAGAUGCAGAUGGCUUCCUUAAUGUGGGCCCACGCCCUGGUGCACCUCGCUCCCACAAGAGACAGUUAAUCCUGGACAGCUUAGAUGAAAAUGCAAUGGAUGCCAACAUGGGGGAGCUGUUGGGGUUGUGCUCAGGUGUUUUUGGGACAGCGCAGAGCGGCUCGGGUCAGGCUGGAGGCCUCGGAGCAACACAGGAGGAUGAGCUGCUUGGCUUGUGCUCUGGAGCAUUUCCACCAACACAAGCAGGAGAGGAGCAGAUGGAAAUGGGCCAGAGUAAGGAGAGAGGACAGCAUGCAGAAUCUGAUGAUACCAUGGAUCAGCUGCUGGACCUGUGUUCAGGGAAAUUUCCGAGUCCAGGUUCUCCUCACACGACCUCACCAGCACCAAACGGUAAAAAGAAGCCAGUGGAGGAAGAGUAUCAGGAGGAAGAAGAGGAGGAGGACUGCGAGUUCCGGCUUUUGUCAGAUGUGGAAAGUCACAGUGAACAGGAGGACAAUGAUGAGGAUGGUGACGAGGAAAACGAACAGGAAGGAGAGGGAGACGAGGCAGAGGAUAAUGAUGUGGAAGAGGAGGAGAUGCAGGGUGUGUUUGCAUCACACCGGAUUAAGAAAAAGAAGAAAAUGCGUUUGACUGACUACGUGGACUCGGAGGCUGAGCUGUCAGGGAGUGACUUGGGCAGCGACGAUGAGGACGGAGACGGGGGGAGUGAAUACGAGGAAGAGGAGCUUCUUGAGGAGCUUCCCUCUGAUGAGGAGCUACAGGACCAGGUCAACAAGAUCCACAUGAAGCAGAUAAUGGACGAUGACAAGCGUCGUCUGAGGCUGUACCAGGAGCGAUACCUUGCUGAUGGCGACCUGCACUCUGAUGGCCCAGGACGAGCUCGCCGCUUCCGUUGGAAGAAUAUGGAUGAUGGUUUCAACAUGGAGAGGACGGGAACAGAAGGCGAUGAAGAGGAGGAGGGAGAUGAUGAUAUGGACCAGUCUGAGGUCCAGAGGAGAAAAGAGAGACUAGAGAGAGAACAGUGGCUCAGAGAACAGUCUGAACAGAAAGCCAAGAAAGGGGAAGCUUUGGAUGUAGAUGAUGAGAAGAUUGGAGAGGAAGACAGUCAAUUUAUGAAGCUGGCCAAGAAACUGACUGCCAAGACUUUGCAGAGAAAAGAGCCCCCUGUGGCACCACAACCAGAAAAGACCUCAUCAGUUCUCAACCCCUUCCAGAGAUCCUCGCAGCCCUUACAGGUGAGGAGAGGUUCACUGCUGAGUCGGCCUCACUCCGUCCUCCAGAAGCUGGCGUCGAUCUCAGAGGGGAACCCUCUGGCGCCCAGAAACAGCAGAGGGUUUCUGUUUCAAACGCUGUCUCCUGAGAAGAGCAACUCGACCUCAGAUGCUCCCCAGAAACAGAUGAUGAAGAAGAAGAGGGGGCCUGUGGAGGCAGUGAACCCAGCGGCAAAGAGGAUCUGCAGGGAGAACAAACCUGCCGGACAGACUAAAGCCUCCCAGAGGAGCAUCUUCAACUUCCUGGACCACUGAGGUCACAGUACACUAUCCGAAUGAUGAUCAUCAGCGGGCCGGGAAGCAACAGCAUGAAGACCAGAACUAAUCAGCCAUGCCCAGUAUUUCACUAACCAAUAAGACGUCAAAAAUGAAGGAGGCGGUAAAAUGAUGGUCACGUGCCAAGGUGGCGUAUAAACGUCCUCCCCUCUGUCCCUUUUUAGAAAACACAAAUACAGAUGCGUCUACGUUUGUUUGCACCUUUUUUUUUUUCUUUCUUUUUUUUUUUUAAAUGGCCAACUAAAGCACCUCUGAGGAAUCUGUUUUUACUUUUUCUUACACACAUUUGCUUGUACAUUUUAAGUCCUUUAUGCCAUCAGAUGCAUCUCUGACAUGUUACUUGACUCAUUUGGACUUCCUAACAACAAAGGUCCAUUUAAAAGGGUUUUAUCAUGUAAAUAGGAUUGAAUUGUUUUUUUUAAAGGUAAGGGAGUUUUGUAUGAUUUUAAAUGUAUUUGUUUUACAUUGUAAAUAAAAGUGUAUUUUACAACA